AUGACCACGACAGAUGUCCCAGCUGCUGACACGGACGCAGCUACUCUUGGGAGCCGAGAAUCCGAAGACGGCCCCGAUGAUCCCGCUAACCCCAUGAAUUGGCCCAAAUCCAACAAGAACCUUCAUAUAAUUAUAGUCGGCAUCUUCACUCUCUCAGCCAACCUAGCAUCAACCAUGUUCGCCCCCAGGGCCGAAGAAUUAGGCCGCGAAUUCAAUAUCACCAACUCCACCGUCCGGAGUAUACAGUCACUCUACGGUCGUCUCAUUAUGUACUACGCUUGUAACAUAGUCUACUUCGCUUUCACUGUUGGUUAUGCCUUUAGCACAAACACAGCCAUGUUUAUCGUUUUCCGAUUUAUCAGCGGCACUGCUGCUUCGGGGCCUAUGGGUAUUGGAGCUAGGACGAGCCAUUGCACUGUGGCCGAUGUCACUCCACAAGAGGAGCGAGGACGAGCCAUUGCACUGUUCGGGUUCGGUCCCCUGCUCGGUACUGUUUUAGGCCCCAUCAUCGGCGGUUUUGUAUCCGAGACAAUUGGAUGUCGUUGGUCGUUCCGCCUCAUUCUGAUUCUUUCCGGGGUAUUUUUAGCUGCUAUAUUAAUCUUUAUGCAGGAAACCAGCGCGUCGGUUCUAUUGCGUCGCAAAGCAGAGCGCCUGAGGAAAGAGACGGGAAACGACAGGCUGCUCGCCAAGGGAGACACCGGUCAGACACCCAGGCAAAUGAUGCGCCUUCUCUUCGGUCUCAUCUUCCUACUAUUCACGACCUUCCCCCAGGUUUUCGGCGAGACCUACGGUUUCAACGUAGUCAUCUCCGGACUUGCUUACCUUGGCCUCGGGAUUGGUCUCAUGGCUGCCUUGAUCCUCUUCGCUGCAUUGAGCGACAAGUUACUGGGACAGAAGAGGGACGGCAAGGUUGCCCAAGCGGAGGAGCGCCUGAUCCUGAUGAAGUGGUUCGCUCCCUUCACGCCCCUUGGGUGCUUUCUCUAUGGAUGGACCGCGUACUAUCAAGUCCAUUGGAUCGUGCCAAUAAUAGGGACAUUCAUUCUUGGCUUCGGUACACUCUUUGUGAUUAUACCGGCGCAAACGUAUUUGGUUGAUGUUUUUGGCGCUGAAGCUGGCGCGUCUGCACUCGCGGCGAACUUGGUCAUUCGGCAACUAGGACUAGGACGGGGGAACAGCGUGCUGGGCUUCAAUUGUCUUGCCUUUAUGCCGGUGCCUUGGAUUUUCUACCGCUACGGUAAGGCAUGGAGAAACCGCUUUGCGGUUGAGUGGUAA